GUCGGUAUCAAAUCGACCCAAGGGCCGAAGCACUUUUGCGUGGGUCGAUACCGCUUUCUGCCAAUCUUUCAAACCCCAAUAGCAUGGCCAGUUAACACUCCGCCUGCUGUAAGCCAUGCGCAGCUCACCACAUGCGCGCCGGGUCGGUGGGGCGGCUCCGGGUGCAGCCGCGGGCGCCGCCCCGUGCCUCGCCACUGCGCCCUUCUCUCCUGACGACGCGGAUGCUGAGCAGCACAGUGCGGGACGCUGGAGUCGACAGGCACUGGCGGGCGAACCCGCAGGCGUGGCGCCGCCUCGCUUCGCCGCCAGCAGUGAGAUACAGCCGGCCUCGGCCGAAGGCGGCAGUGCCGGCGACACCGGUACCGCCGGCUCUGGGCUGACAGUGGCUGACACGGCAUCGGCGGGGCGCAGCCACCGGCGGCUCGCGGCCACGGCAGCCGCCGCGCUGCUUGGGAACGGCGGCAGUCCACAACAGUACAACGCCCAGGUGGCGAGGGGCGGCGGCGCGGGUGGCUCAGGCCGCUACAGCGCGCCUCCGUCGCCGCACAUGCGCGCCCCUGUGCCUGGCGCUGCGGCCGUCAGCGGCAGCCACGGAGGCGGCAUCAGCGGGCGGCGCGGCGGGCUGACGACGUGGAUGGCGGGCCAGCUGUCAGCGGCGCUGGCCAUGACGACCUCAUCCCCGGGGCCGUCGCCGUCGGCGCUGCCGCACACGGCCAUAUGCUCGCCACGCCGGCUGCACGCGCCGCUACUGCCCUUAUCCGGUGGCAGCAGCGGCAGUGGCAGCCACGCCGGAGGCGGCAGCAGCUGCGGGCCUGGAGGCAUGGCUGCUGUCUGCGGGGUCGUCGGCCCCGGGCGGCGGCGGCGGCGGUUGCUGCUGACAGGGGUGGCGCUGCUGCUGGUGGCGGUGGCGGCGACGGCGCUGCUGGUUCAGCAUCCAGCGGCAGGCGGCAGAGGCGAAGUGACGCUGCCUAGCGCUGCUGCUGCAGUGCAGGCGGGAGAACCCGCAGCGGCGAAGCACUGGGAGGGGCACUGGGAAUCGGGCUGGGGCCGUGCGCCCUUCUUGGCGACCGCACGCCACGCUAGCGCCGGGGGCCUCUCCGCUGGCGAAGGCGCCGGUCAGGUGGCUCAGCGGAAUCACUCCGAGGCAACGGCGCCUGGCGCCCGCAGUCGCGCCGGGGGCGGACCAGCCAACUCCACAUCAGCACACCAUCCAGCCAUGCCGCUGCCUGUCUCAGCUAGCACAGCGGCUGACCCGGGUGGCAGCGGCGGCGCUGACGCCUCGCAGCCGCACGCAGCCUCCACACCCACAGCGACGGUCGUGCCUAAUGACGACGCUACCAGUGCCCUGGCCGCCGCAGUGCCGGCUCCCGGCAGAACGCCCGCAGCACGAGCAGGCGGCGCCACCGGCCCUGUAGCCGCACCAGCGGGGAACCUGACAGCAGCACACAGCAGCAGUGGUUCUGCGGUUCCGGAGCCAGGUGCAGCCCAGGCAGUGCUACCAGCACCUGCGCCGCUUCGCUCAACUGGGUCUGUACGGGAUGCCUCCAAACAGGCAGGGAGCGAGCCUGGGGCUGCUGUGGGGGCUGCAACAGCCAGGAGCCCACUAAGGCGGCAGCCCGCAACCGCCACUGAUCCGGCCGCCGCCACCGCAAAUGGUGCCAAACAGCAGGCAGCGGCGGCGGUGCAGCCAGCAGCCGCGGUGCGGCAGGCUGUCGCCGCCGCCUCAGCGCUGCCUGCCACGACCGACAAGCAAGCUGCUGCGGCGGCGCUGGUGGCGGCGGCGGCUGAAGCGGCGGCGCUGCUGCGGGAGCGUGAGGCGGCGUUGGAGGGACUGCUGCUGUCAGUGGGGGCGGAUGACACGGUGGGCCGAGUGGCGGCGGUGUCGUCAUCCGGGCCCAUGCCGGCACUGGAGGGCGGCGCCGCGGGUGGGGCUGGGGCUGCAGAUGGGCCUGGUCGGCAGCGGCAGGCGCAGCAGCAGGCGCAGCAGCAGGCGCAGCAGCAGGUGCAGCCUCAGACGACAAUCACCAGCACCCCCGGCCCCGUCGCAGCAGGGCUGGAAGCGGGCGUCGGCGCACUGGCGACGGCUCGCGCCGCGCUGAUGCGGCACCCGGGCGGCUUCAUCCCGCGCAUCAUACACCAGAUCUACGGCCUCUACGACGCAGCUGACGCCGCCACGCCCGGCGCUACAGCAGCUGCGCCUGCAGCCGCCACAGCCAACCUCGCAGCCGCCUAUGGCGGCAGCAUCGCCGUCGCCAGCAACAUCCGCGCCCCUGGGCGCAUGGUGGCCGACGGCGCACCAGCCGCGCCGGGCGGUGUCGGUGGUGGCGGCGGUGGCGAUGGGCUGCAGCACCUGCCGCCGCUGGCUCAGCGCUCUGUGGAGUCGUGGCGGCGGCAGAACCCGGGCCACACGCAUGUGCUGUGGGGCGCGGCGGAUGUGGACGCGGCGGUGCGGCUCAUGUUCCCAGCCUUCGCCGCAGCCUGGGACUCGCCGUCGUUCCGGGCGCUGCCGGUGCUGCGAGCUGACCUGGCCCGAUACCUGCUGGUGUUCGCAUUCGGCGGUGUGUAUGCGGACACGGACACGCUGUGCCUCAAGCCCAUUGACAGCUGGACCCAGGGAUACGGCCCCGGAGUGAGCGCCAUCGUGGGCGUGGAGGCGGACGCGGGCGGCAUCCCGGGCUGGUGGCGGCACUGGGGCCGGCAGCUGCAGUUCUGCCAGUGGGCCUUCGCGGCCGAGCCCGCGCACCCGCUGUUGGCGCAUGUGGUGUUCAGGAUCUCUGAGCUGCUGGAGGCGGUCCGGCGGCGCGGCGGCUCUGUCCACGUGGACGACGUGACCGGCGUGACGGGGCCCACAGUCAUGACAGACGCCGUGUACGAAUACCUGAGGGCCAAGGGCCGCAACUACACGCAGUUCUUCGGCCUCACCACCGGUGUCCUGGUGGGCGGCGACAGCACGGCGCUGGAGCCGGCGGCAGCAGCGGCAGCAGCAGCUGGCACCGCGGCGGCGGUGGCAGGAGGACCGGCACCCGGGACUGCGGGGGCUGCGGGAGCCCCUGCGGUCGGCGCUACCGCACCCGGAGGCAGUAGCAACAGCAACCGCAGUAGCGACGCCACCAGUAGCAACAGCACCGGCGGCAGCAGGAGCGACAACAUUGGCGGAGCAGGUGGUGUCGGCGGAGGCGGCGGUGGGGGUAGCGACAAUGCAGGCUCUGCGACGGGUGGCGGCGGUGACCUGCUGCUCGUGCUGCCCAUCACGGCCUUCAGUCCGGGGGUGGGGCACAUGGGGGCGGGGCCGGUGACACACCCCGAGGCGCGUGUGCAGCACCUGUUCGGUGGCAGCUGGAAGAAGUUGGGGGCGACAGCAGCAACAGCACCAGCGGCAGGAGCAGCAGGAGCAGGGGCAGCCCCACAGGCGCUCUCACAAGCACCGUUGCAGGUGCAGGCAGCGCUGCCGGUGCGAGUGGCCCUCCCGGUGCAGGUGCAGCCGCAGCCGCAGAUGCGGGCAGCGCACCAGCCGGCCAAGGUGGCGGCUGAGGUACCGGCCAGCCCUGGGCUGCAGGCAGUGCUGCCGGUGGCGGGCGCCCUAGCAGGGGCGGUACCGGUGUCCGCCAGCCCUGUUAUGGAGGUCGUUGCGGUCGGGGGCGGAUGAGGUGGGGGCCUGUUCAUAGCAAGUGGAUGCAACUGUCGGAGGAUGCCGCAGUGCGAAUCAUGCGUGCGUUGGGUUCGGUGAGGUGAGUCUCACUGGGUGAGUAUGGUAUGGAGGUGGAACUGGCAGGGUCCGUGUGGGGCCCGUGUACCUGGAGUGGCGUUUCCUGUUGCGUUGGCAGUGCCUGGAGCGGAAAUUGAGACCUUGACAGAUGACAAUGACCACGUUGGACAUGGCGGGGUUGGGCAAGAUGGCGGCGGAGGCCAUUCGGGCGAAGUUCGAUAGCCCUGAGGCCUAUUCUGCGUACAUGGCGGGGUUGGUUCGGGCGAAGUUUGAUAGCCCUGAGGCCUAUUCUGCGUACAUGGCGGGGUUGGGCAAGAUGGCGGCGGAGGGCCUGCGGGCAAAGUUUGCCGACCAGGAGGCCUUUGUGAAUUAUAUGCAGGAGCUGAAGCAGGGUGUGUGUUAUGGCAAGUGGCGUGUGUUGCUUGAUGUGGUGGGCACGGCCCUGGCCUCAUAUGCUGCGGGCAAGCUGUGGUGCCUGCUGUGCCUGGCGCUGCGGCCGGCCAGGCCAGGCAAGCCGAGUAAGGGGUAUUCCAGCGUUUGCUGCCAUAGUUGCCGCAAUAUGUUUACAGUCAAUGAUGGCUUUGUUAUUCGCAAGAAAGGUGGUCAGUGCAUGGGCAAGCUGACGGAGCUGGCGGUGGUGGCGCGCAAGGUGAUUGAGAAGGCGGCGGCGAAGGAGAAGGCGAAGCAGCAGCUGGCGGCGGCGAAGCAGGCUAAGGAGGUGCUGAUCAUUAGCGACAGUGACUGAGGCGUCAUAGGAGAACAGUGGACACGGGACCCAAUACCUAGGUAACGUAAUUUGCUGUAGGGGUUGCCUGGGCCAUUGGAACGGCGACAGCGUUCGGUUCUUCAUCUUUUGGUACGGGUGGCGCAAACCAGCCCAGAGGCAGCAGGCGACGGACCGCACGGCACAGUAUUAUUACAAGGGCGUUAGGGCGACAUGGAUGAUGGGCGGUGGUAUCAGUACUUGAGCGACAUCUGCGCUCUGGGUGCGCCGGCACUCUGUGAUCGGCUGCAGCGGCACGGUCGGCUCCAGUAGCAGUUGUCUUGGCUACGAAUUGUGUUCGUGCCGACCCGUACUACACU